AGCUGAGAUUUGUGUUUUGAAUGAAACGCGGUUGAUGGCCGCUCAGCGGAGAUCUGCUUUUCUCGUCCUCUUUUAUAACGUUGGUUAAAAUCGGCUGUUAACGUGUGGAAGUUGUACAGAUACAGAAUAAUGUCCUCCUUGAAGUCACGUUCCACUGGGGAAGGCUUGCCUUCCGGAAAAUAUGGAGAGCGUACCCCUCUGCGAAGUCUGGAGAAUAAAAUGCUGCACCUGCCAACUCCAUCGUCUAGGCUGAAAUCAGGUUGUGAUGCAGUGAAUACGACAAAGGGUGAGGUUUCUCUCUGUGCCCCAGAGCCCCACCUGCAUUGUCUUCCAUCCACCGAAGUCAUACAAACCAGUGCUCCCACGAAUGAUAUGACAACUGCUGAGGCUGCUUAUGGACUUGAAGAUGUAACAUUUAAAUCCUUUGUCUGUCCCGGCGGUGAGGUUGAGAUUUCAGGCUCUUUAGUGUGCGCAAAAGAGAGCAUUAUUUUGCCCAAUCAUCAGACUGGAUAUAACAGUGAAACAGAAGAUACAGUCAUAUCAGACAGUAUGAUGGUGCAGUCAUGCAGUUGCCACAUAGAACAUCCCUAUCACAAUCCAGAGAUGAUAGAUGGUUCCUUGGUUGACAUUGAUGCAGCAUGCUCCUUUGAAAUUCCCAACACCACACCUCUGGCCUCUGGGAGCCUGGAUGAUAAACAUGCCACACAAGAUUCAGGAGUUUUUCAGUACGACUGCUGUGGAGAGAAAGAUGCCAACCGGAAAUCCUUUGUCUGUGACGGAGGUGAGGGGGAAGUCGCAGAUGUCAUCAGACAACAUGAUGAGACCAUUCCUCUGUCCCAGGCAAAGCUUAGUGAAUGUUUACAGGACAACAGUGUAAAUUCAACUACUUUCUCUGACAACGGCCAACUGUGUCAAGCGGAACAUGCUGAUCGUCCCAACUUUAGCAGCACAAAUGGUCUUCCUGUCAUCACCACCGUCUUUGAGACCCAAAAUGGUUUUGAAAAGCCUGCUAAUGGACCCAGUGAUGUAACCUUCAAAUCAUUCAACUGCACUGGUGGUGAGAUAGAAAUUUCAGAUGGCACCAGACUUGUAGAUGAGACUGUUCCUCUACUAGCUGACUGCACUGGGACCAGCAGUGUGUCAUGCAGUUAUAGUAUAAAUCAAAGUGUUGUAGCUGGUGACCAUGAUGCGCAAAACAGUACUGAUCAUUUAGAUCACCCAUACUGUAAUAUUCAAAAUUAUUCAUCAAAUUCAAGUGGCGACCUUUCCAUUGCCCAGGGGCUAUUGCCAAGCAGCACUGAUGCUAUGGAUGAGGUUAAACAGAUUAGCUCGGUGGUACCCGAUAGCCAGACUGGCAGACAGGAAGGGGUUGCAUUUGGCUCUUUCAUCAGAACUGUGGGUGAGGUUGAAAAAUCAAAUGGCAGUCGAUUGUCUGAGAAGAUUUCCCCUCUGCCCAGUGACCAGGCUGUGAUCUGCCAGCCCCUGGAUGACAACACUGUACCUACUUAUGUUACACAGGAUCAAAUCCAAGAUGACUACGAACAACCUAACUGCCACGUGGAAAAUGAUGAACUUGUUUUAGAUACUCACCCACCCGCGUUCAACACAUCUUCGCCGACUAACAUGUUGUUAAAGGCCUUGGAUAAUGAAUCCAUUAACUGUCAAGUCCAAGAAAAAUCGAAGCACUCAGUACAACCUAAAGACAGUGCGUUGUCCUCAAUGUUUGCCAAAACAGAGUCUAAUGACUGCAGCAAACUUGAGGCUUCAGCAGAGAGUCCCACACCUGUGGAAGUGCAGCAGGAUCUGGAGCAUGUCUGUAACGCGCUUUUAAGCAGUGGACCUCCUGAAUCCAGUGAGGCAAAAGACAGUACCCUCGGCUCAUCUGGGAAUGGACCUGUUCUUUGUAACUCUGCAGAAAAACUUCAUACAGAGAACCUCCCUGAUGUUGUGAAAUUGCUGUCAGAGUGUCCCUCAGCAGCAUCAGCUUUGCAGUUUGGAAUCCUAAGUCCUGCUGUAUCUGUAUUAAAAGCUCAUAACGAUUCUGCUUUGGACAAUUUUUUAACUAACGACUCUGCUCUCGAGGUUGAAAAGAGCUUGGUGGCUCCUAUUAAUGCUGGGUUAUGGGCAGAGCACUUGGAGAGCCCCAUGCCACGUCCUCUAUUCAACUCUACAGCACUGGGUUACAAGCCCCAGUCAGACCCAGGCAUUGAGCCGAAUGGGGGUGUGGGUAUGAAGCCCUGUGCCGUGCCUCAGUCAGAGGUAGAAAAGCCGGUCCUGGAUUUCUCGUUGAUUCCAGAUGGUCCCCUUCAGCACCAGCUCCGGCAGAUGGCAGAGUUCCUCAUUUUGGCAUCUGGAAAGAUGGGUCCUGCUGCUGUCCCUGCUUCUACUCCACCUCCUGCUUCCGUCACAGUCCCGUCAGCAAGAGCUACUCCUGCAGAAUCCCACAGUGUUUGUGUGGGCACCACUGCUGUGAAACUGGUAGACCGGAGCCUCAAUACAUCUGGCCAGUUUGAGAGAAAGAGGGCUUUCUCUGUGGUUGAUUCCUGCACUCUUACUGACCCUCUCCUGUGGAAUUUACCUCCAGGCAGUCUAGAAUGCCUCCCUAGACACGAGCUGGAGCAGAGGUUAAGUUGUAGCAUGAUCAUGGUGGAAGCCCUGGUCCAGCAGUUGGCUGCAGCCAGAGCACAGGGAUGUCCUCCUGCAGGCCCUGGACCUUCAGAGCUCAGGGAGAAAUUAGUGCAGACAGACCACACUGAACUCAGUCAGACCACAAUGUUCCGAGACCUUUAUAUGGAGGCUCUGAGCAGGAUUGGUGAGUUGGAGUUGCAAGGAAGUUCUCUACAGAACCUCAUUCAUUGUAUGCAGGACAUAAGAGUCACCAUGACUUCUUUGAGUGGUGACACAGAUGCUGCUCUCUCUAACAUGAAUGAAAUAGGAUACAUUGUCAGAGAGGACCAUCAAAGCCUUGUCUCACAUUAUGGUCAGAUGAAGUCUCUAUUUGAGAAAACAAAGGACACACAAACGCGAAUGAUGCAGAAGGUCAAAGAUGUUUUUCACCAAAGAAAUGACAUGAGGACACAGAUGGAGGAGGCCUUCACAGCCAAGGAGGCGGCCUUCAGUGCGAUGGAACAGCUGAGGACGCACUGUGCCACAGAAAUGUCAGAGCUGGAGAAGAGUGUGGGGUCUCAGCAAGAACUCUUGGCUGCCGUAAAGCAGGCCCACCCAGAACAGGUUGCAUUAAACCAGGCCUACACUGAAACGCUGAACUCUGCUUCUGAUCUUUUGUCCGAAACCAUUGAGGAGCAUUCCAGUCUGAUGAAAGAACUCUGCACAGUCAGAAGCCUUCUGCAGAAAAGUGCACCUAUGCUUCUUAAGCUGAAUGAGAAGGCAGCGGCUGCUUUGAGAGAGAGGGACGAGCAUAUUUCUGCAAGAGACCAAGCUGUCGAAGAGAGAGAGCAGAUCGAAGAGGAAUUGAACCAAGCUAAUGUGAAUCUCCAAACUGCCAGCGAACAGAUUGGUGAUUUAAAUCUGCAGGUGACAAUUCUGACCACAGAGAUGGGUGUGCUGCGUCAGAAGCUAACAGAAAGAGAUGAGGAGAGUGGUCAGCUAGAGAGGAAGGUGACAGAGUUGUCUGCUACAGUUUCCUCCACUUUGGCCUCCUAUAGCUUCUUGGAGCAGGCCCUUGCUGCUGAGACUACAAAAUUGCAGCAAUCAUGGAAGGACAUCCAGCAAGCCAAGGACAGAGCAAAUGAGUUGGAGACGUCACUGGGCCAGUCGGAGCAGCGUGUGUGUGAGUUGAGUCGGGCUCUGGCUCAAAGUGAGGAGCAGCUCAGUCAGCUGCAGACCCUCUCGCAGUCUCAGCAAAUGCAGAUCCAGCAGCUCCAGGAUGUUUGCGCACAACUCGGUGGCGUGCGAGAAAUGAACGAGUUCUUACAGAUGGAAAAUGAGUUGGCGAGGGAGCAGGUGGCUGAAAGUGAGCGUAUGCUGAGGGCCAACCUGCAGGGGCUCCGGGAGAGGAACAUUCAGUGUGAGGACCUAAAAGGAGAACUUAGUCAGCUUCAGCUCGAGAACAGAAGUUUGCAGGAGCAGCUGGAAACCACAAGGUCCAGGGCCAGUGCAACCCAGAUGGAGCUUGGAGAGAAGCAGGCCCAGGCAGUCACUGAAAUCACUUUGCUGCAUCACACACUGCGAGGACUGAUCAAUGAGCUAUAUGCAGCUCUCAAUGACCAGAAACCAGAACCACUGAAAGGUAAAGAGUCUCAACCAGUCCACAACUUGGAGCGUCGUCACCCCUCCAGCUCGUUUGUCGACAGCAUCAUGGUUGCAUUAACUGCUGAGAAGGAGGGAGAAGUCAAAACAGAGACACCGCCUGGACCAGUCCCCUCAGACAUGCCUGAGCCACAGUGUGAAGCUUUGUUCAGUGGGACAAGUGCCUUCGUCCGCAUUGCAGCCAUCACCCCUAAAAAGAAUUUAAAAGCAGUAGAGUUUGAACCAGAAGAGGACGAUCAGAGCAGCGUGGCAGAGCUGCUGAUUGACCUGGGCAGCACCGUCACAGAGCUGGUCAGCACUCUGAAGCUGGUGAAACAGCACAAAGAUGCUCAGCUGGAGGAGCUGCACCACACCAUCUAUGGCCUGCAGGAGGAGCAGCAGGCUGCAAAUAGCAACCACGAGGCUGAAGUGUAUGAGCUUAAGCAUCAACUUAGCAGUCUAAACAGCCUGGUUGAGAGGGGCAAUCAGGCGUUGCAGCAGAAAGCUCAGGAUGAGAAAACUUUGGCAAAUUUGUCUGCAGAAAUACAAGACGCCCAGGAAACUCUAAAUAAACACAAGACUGACAAUAACGAAUUGCGGAAGGAGGUGGUAGAACUUCGUCGCUCUCUCCAGCAGUUGAAGGUGGAGUCCCAAUUCCUGCGUGAGGAGUUGAAAAAAGCUGGUUGCCAUUCAGCUAACCAAGCCCAUUUCAUGGAAGAGAAGAUCCAGUUAUUGAGAGAGGUGGAGAGACUGAAGUUGAGUCUUCAGGAGGUAGAGCAGGCCAGAGUGAAACUCCUUGAAAGAGCAAAGAGACAUCAAAUGAUCCAUCAGAGCAACCAGCAGAAAAGUGAGAAUGAACUUCAGAUGUUAAACAACAUGAUCAAUAAAGUCAGAGAGACCCUGCUGUCUUUGCCAGAGGUUGUGAAGAAUUGUGAACAACUUCAACAGCUUGUUGAAUACAUUGGCUGACAUGUUUUGUUUUUUUGUCACUUGUGUUCUUUGUAUUUAUGUCUAUGUUAUGCUUUAGCUUCUCCUGGCUGUAAGUGUUCAUAUUUUAAGUAUGAUUAAAAUA